AUAAUAGACUAUAUGCAGUUUGAGCAUCGAGUCAAGUGUUUUUGUUGAUGUGCCCAUUGAUAUUGUGAAGUAGCCAAGCAGCGCGCCAGUGAGUGUUAUUGUAUAAUUAGCAGAAUGCGCAAUUGUUUGCCAAAAAUUUUUCGAACCAAAUCGUCGUCAACGAGAGCUGCUGCCUCCGUCGCCAAUUCAAACGAGUCCGACGCGGACUCCGAUGCGGAGCGCUAUGUCAUUGCAAAAACAACAACAACAAAUGCAACGAGAAAAAAAUUUCCGACGGCAUCUGAUCAAGUGCUUGAUAAUGGCAACAAAAAGCAGCAGCAGCAGCAGCAACAGCAGCAGCAGCAACGGCGACCAGCCAAGGCGACGACAAAGACAACGAGAACAACGGCAAUAACAGCAAAAAAGUCGUUGCCAGAUGACGUCGAUAAGAGCCGGCUGAUAAGCGCUGUUAGCACAGCUAAUUCUAAUGGCUUGGACUUGAAGCAAAGCGACAGCACCACCAGCAGCAGCAGCAGCAGCGGCAGCGGCAGCGGCAUCAUUCAAACAGCGACAAAUGGCAGCAUUUUGGCCUCGGAAAUGAAAGUAGUUGGCGGUGAAAUCUCUUUGCCAGUGCCAGUGCCAGUCACACAGCUGACGGGCAACAGCUCCAGCAAAACACCCGAGCAAAUGGAAUUGGAGUACGAGGCCAAUGUGGCAGCGGAGGGCAGGGAUAUAAUGACGCCGCUGUUGCGCAAUACAAGGUCGUUGAACAUGGCCUUCGGUGGUGGUGGUAUUGGUGGUAGUGUUGCCCCUGGCCCAGGUGGUGGAGUCGGACGCAUUUUGCAGCCGGAAAUAGUCGAGGCCAUACGCAAUUUGGACACGCAGGCAUUGCGUCUGAACAACCUCACACUCGAGGAUAGAAUCAGGCUAACGCAACAGCAACAGCAACAGCAACAGCAGCAGCAGCCGGAUGAUGGCGAUGAUUGUGUGGUUUUGCGUCCCAAAGUUUUCACCUUCGACCGCCAGUGCCACAGUUUAUACGAGCGACGUCUCCACAAGGGACCCAAACUGCGUCUUUGGGUCGGCAGUGGCAAGAAGCCAGCGACUCAAAGUGACGAAGAUGAGUUCAAAACAUUUCAGCGAAAUCUCAUGGACUUGAAAUAUCCAACCGUGCUACCACCGAAUCCUCAACUUAAGGCGCUUUUAGUUUUUCACAAAUCGGAUAGCAUCUGCGAAGUAAUCACCUUGGCGUGUCAGCGUCAUCAACUGGACGUAACGCUGGUCAAAUCCAAGGAGGAGGCACUGGAAACUCUGCACAAGUCAUAUGCCACAGCGCAAUGCUAUCACCUAAUUAUAAUUGAUGCGCGCUCCACAAAGGGUCUCGAUGCCGAGCACAUUGCAAGAGCCAUACGUCACACACAUGGACAUCAUUUAACGACAAUAAUUACGGUCUGCAAGAAGAGUUUCUUUGAAAAGGAUGACGCACUUAUUGCUCUAUUGGACGCUGGCGUUAAUAGAUGCAUAGCCGAGACGACCAACUUGGCGAUGUGCAGCGUGGAAAUGAAGCAGAUUCUGCACUCGAUCAUCCGGCCGCAUAAUGUUAUGUCCACCCAACAGGCACUGUACACGGCCCUGCACCGACUGAAGGAGGUGGUGCUCAUCACGGACGACGUGUAUCGCAUACAGUAUGCGAAUCGGGCCACCGAGCGGCUCCUCAACAUGCGGCUGGACGAAAUAAUUAGCAAGCCAUUAGCCGACAUCUUCCACACCGACCUUUCCAUCAUCAGUGAGCAGGGCAGGAGCAUCAAGGAGUUCGAUGGCAUCCUAACGGUGCGCCGUAAGGGCCUCCAGGAUGGCAUUCCCAUGCAUGUUCGUGUCGUGCCCGUGGCCUGCAUUGGCAGUGCACCAACUCAUCUGAUUUUCAACUUUGAUGUGCCCGGUGGCGGGUUGGACUUUAUUGCUACGCUGCCGCAGCCAAAGGAGGCGCCGCGCGGCUCUCUGCACUCGGUGCGUCGCUGCAGCUUCGAUGUGCGCUCAAUUGCCUCCGAUGGACUGCGUCGCACCAGCCUGGCCAAGCUGACGUCCCUGCCCCUGGAGGCGCCCAUUACCAAAAUAAUCAAUUUACUAUCACAAGUACAGGAGAAUUGUUCAGCCGACGAGGCACGUCUCAUAGACAAAGUGUUGGAGUUCCUCAAGCGCGAGGGACUCUACAGUCCCCAAAUGAAGGAAAUACGCACCGAUGAUCCCACAGCUACCGAUCUCAUUGGCGCCCUACUAACGGGUCCCAGUGUCUACUCGUCGCGCCGCAGCUCAAAUGACUCCAUUAUCCGCACGGGCAACUCCACUCGGACGGCCACCAUUGUGCCAGCCAAGAUGAAGGCCAAUCCCAUUAUUAUGGAACUACUUGAAGAAUCUCUUAGCUGGGACUUUGAUAUUUUCAAAUUGGAAGAGAUCACCGACUACCAUCCGCUGCUGUACUUGGGCAUGGAAAUAUUCCGGCGCUUCGACGUCUUUGCCACACUGAACAUUGAUGAGAACGUGUGCAAAGCCUGGCUGGCAGUUAUCGAGGCGCAUUAUCACAAAUCCAACACAUAUCACAAUAGCACACACGCGGCGGAUGUGAUGCAGGCGACAGGUGCAUUCAUCACGCAGCUGAUCAACAAGGAUAUGGUAAUGGAUCGAAUGGAUCAGGCAACGGCCUUGAUUGCGGCAGCGGCACACGAUGUCGAUCAUCCCGGCCGCUCAUCCCAAUUCCUGUGUAACUCGAACAAUCCGCUUGCUGUCUUGUACAAUGAUCUAACGGUGCUGGAGUCCCAUCAUGCGGCAAUCACUUUCAAGCUGACAUUGGGUGACGACAAGAUCAACAUAUUCAAGAACCUGGACAAGGAGACGUACAAAUCGGCGCGCAGCACAAUUAUCGAUAUGAUAUUGGCUACGGAAAUGACGCGUCACUUUGAGCACUUGGCCAAGUUUGUGAGCGUCUUUGGCAGUGAGGUUGAGCCGCGUGAGCUCGUGCAGUCGGAGGAGGAGACCUCGAUACUCAUGCGCCGCAUGCUGAUCAAGGUGGCGGAUGUGAGCAAUCCGGCACGUCCGAUGCAGUACUGCAUCGAGUGGGCACGUCGCAUUGCCGAGGAGUACUUUAUGCAGACGGACGAAGAGAAGCAACGGCAUUUGCCCAUCGUGAUGCCCAUGUUCGAUCGUGCCACCUGCAGCAUACCAAAGAGCCAGAUUGGUUUCAUCGAAUAUAUUAUACAGGACAUGAUGGAGGCCUGGGACAGUUUUAUUGAUAUGCCUCAGCUUAUAACGUGCAUGAAGAUCAACUACUCACAGUGGAAGAAAUAUGAUGAGCAGGGCGUUAAUACGCUUGCCGAUAUUAUGGCCAAGCAGCCGCCUGUGGGCAACAAUAAGCCGUCCAAUUCCAAAUAGCAUACGGCUUUCCGGAGGAUAUUCUCGGGUCUACUGAAGCCGUUGCCGGCACAGGCGCCUGCCACAUCCACAAUUGGCGAGAACGAAAUGGAGGAUAUGCUCUAGUGCAGGCACACCCGGCCCCAGAGACGUGGCUUUCGUCGCAGUCUCUCGGCAUAGGUCACUCAUCCUUCUUGUUGAUGUUGAUGUUGAUGUUGUUCUUGUUGUUAUUGCUGUUGUUGUUGUUGUUGUUGUCAUUGUUGCAUACAUAUCUCGACUAAAUAACGCUUCCAACCAAAUGCAGUCUGUAUGUUUGGCGUGUGUUUGUGGCUAAAAUCAUUGGGUGCCCAAAAGGGUACCUGCAGCAAUACACCCAACAAUCCACACAAGAAACAACAAACAAACAAACAAACAACAAAACUGUCGCAAAUGUUUGAAGAGCAAAUGAAAACAAAACAAAGAAAAACAAAAAAAAAUAUUGGGCUGGACUCAAAAUUUAAUAUUUAAGUAACAUCACAAAAACAAGAAAGCUAAAUUUCUAUGUAUAUGUUAAACAGUAUGUGCGCUAUUAAAUGUCAGUGUGUGUGUGUGUUUGUGUGUGUGUGUGUGUGAGUGUGAGUGUGAGUGAGUGAGUGAGUGUGAAUGUGCACUUCUGCAUGUCAUAAGAUAAUAAAUACAAGUCUACAUAUAAAAACAACAACAACAACUAGCUAAAAUUGUCGCAUAUUGUUGCCUCCAACAAUAUGGCGUGCGCUCCAUCGAGUACCUAAAACGGUAUCACAGCAUAGGCAACAAAAUGGCGUCGUUGCCAUUGCACACAUACUAAUACAUAAGACGUAUGUGUUAUCCACUAUACCAUCGCCACCCCCCCACCCCUCGCACACAAAGACAAUCUCUAUAAAAAAAAAGAAGGAAAAAUACAACUAUCAAACUACUUUUAUACUAAGAAUCUAACCUACUAAAUGGCUUUAGCCAGGCACAUGUUUUCCUAUAAGCCUCAACUAUCGGUCGAUCAGACAAAAAUUGAAAAUUCGAUGGGAUCACUAUUUAUUAACAGAUCUUUAAACACUAACUAGGGGGUGGAAUUAACGACAACAAACAAAAAAGAAACAAAAAACAAGGUGAAUUUUUACAUAAAUCAAUCAAUCAAACAGGACAAAACUGUUUUAUUUAUGUAUAAACAUAGAUAAAUUGCAAACACAUAGCUAGAUGACAAGUAAACGCGAUGAGUGUGUGUGUGAGUAUGUGUGUGAGUGUGAGUGUGUGUGUGUGUGUGUGUGUGUGUGUGUGUGUGUGUGUGUGUGUGUGUGUUUCACUGCAUGGAUUACCAGGGACAUUCAGUUGUUUGGGCAGCGCAAACGAACUAAUGCUAGAAUUACAUAUAUGUCUAGAUACAUGUAUUUGAACUAAUGUACAACUACCAGUUUGAUUAGCAAAAGCAACAACAAUUCGAAUCCAUAAAUGUAACAUGCGAAAUUCUAUGGGGGACCCUUUCUACUACUACCUUUUAUCUAAUACCUAAAACAAACACUAUGAUUACUGUUGACGUUUGACAAAAUCAAACGGAAGGCAAAAAUGUAUAAUUAAGUGAAUCCUUUUUGAAAUCUUUUUUAUCUAAUUGACUGAACAAAUUACAUAUUAUAUAUAACAAGUAAAUUAAUACGAAUCGAUAAUACGUUCUUGUUAAAAGGCAAACAAAACAAAAAAAAAGUAAUACAGAUAUAUUAUAUACAUACCUACAAAUCAGAGCAAAUGCAAAAUAAUAACUAUAUAUAUACAACAUAAACGAUAUAUAUAUAUAUAAAAUUUAUACAACUUUUACGAAGCAUAAGCAUAUUCAAAGGAUAUAUUUAUAUAUUAUUAUAUAUAUGUAUGUAUGCAUGUUUGUUUGAAUGCGUGUUUGUGUGCGUGUGUGUGUGUGUGUGUGUAUUGGACACAACAUGGUCAUUCAGUCACACUGUUAUUUGUAUCUGUUAUUGACAUUUAUGCUAUGCCUACAUUUUUGAUACAGUUUACACACAUCCCAAAAAAAAAAAAACAAACGAGAAACAACCAAGCUAAAACCGGAUCUAGCCGAUCUCCAAUUUGUGAAAAGUACUCCAAGAUUCCAGCUCGAAUCGAUAGCUCGUGAGUGCGCAGACCCACCUUCCAGGCCAAAUUUGUACACAAAGUCAUAUAUAUAUAUAUAUAUAUAUACAUAUACGAGUGUAUAAUGUAUGC